AACAACGUGAGCCUUUGGAUAAAAAGAGACUAUAUUUAAAGAAACAAAAAGUCCCCAUUUCUCGAACGGCUCUCUGAAUCUGGUCAUUGCUCAAUUGCUCCUUCUCCGGUUUCUGCCGGUUCAAUUUCCAUUGAAGAGUAAUCAGGAUUUGUUGAUGGGAACACCAUCUGGUUCUAAUAUUAACCACCAGCGUUCAUAAAAAAUGUUACCCCCACGGCAACAACCUAGACCAGGGUGCUUACAAACUUCAUUGUCCUUAGCCUCCUCUGAUCCUCACUUGUUACCUGAUACCCAAGAACCCAGAUCAAACUCACAUAAAGUUCAUGAGUCCCCUACUGAGAGUGCUAGCUCAGAAGAGACUUGGCCUACUGCUGAUGCUGUCACAGCAAAGAAGAUGGAAAUGGGGAAAACUGAAAAUGACUGCCCUGAGCAAUCUGUUAUCCGUUGUGUUUCUAGUGCUGAUAAGAUAACUCUUCGAGAUAUUUCUAGAGAAAGAGUUGAUGUUAUCUCUGAAAAGAUGCAUCACCUACCUGAUGAGUUUUUAGAUGAACUAAAGAAUCAACUGAAGUCUAUUCUGGAAGGCAAUGGAGGUUCACAAAACAGGGAAGAGUUUUUGAUGCUGCAGAAGUUUGUUCAAAGUAGAUCUGAUUUAACGGUGAAGACAUUGAUUAGAGCACACCGAGCACAGCUUGAAAUCCUUGUUGCAAUAAAUACAGGAAUUCAGGCAUUUCUGCAUCCAAACAUCAGUCUAUCCCAAACUUCUCUCAUUGAGGUUUUUGUGUACAAAAGAUGCAGAAACAUUGCGUGUCAAAACCAGCUACCUGCCGAUGACUGCACCUGUGAAUUAUGUGCCAAGAGGAAUGGCUUUUGCAAUCUUUGUAUGUGUGUCAUCUGCAACAAGUUUGAUUUUGAAGUAAAUACCUGCCGCUGGAUUGGUUGUGAUUUAUGUUCCCAUUGGACUCAUACUGACUGUGCUAUUCGUGAUGGGCAAAUCUGCAUGGGCCCUUCUGUUAAAAGUGGAUCAGGUCCUACUGAAAUGGUUUUUCGCUGCCAAGCUUGCAAUCGAACAUCUGAGUUGUUAGGUUGGGUUAAAGACGUCUUCCAGCAUUGUGCUCCAACCUGGGAUAGGGAGGCUCUUAUGAGAGAACUUGAUUUUGUUUGUAGGAUAUUUCGUGGAAGUGAUGACCCCAGAGGGAAGAAACUCUUUUGGAAGUGUGAGGAUCUUUUGGAAAAAAUGAGGAGUGGACAAGCUGAAUCUGCAGCAGCUUGCAAAUCGAUAUUAAUAUUUUUCCAAGAGCUUGAUAUGGAUUCUCCAACAAGUCUGGAAAACGGGGAAGGUGGACGGUUGAUAUCACCAGAUGAGACUAUCAAUCGAAUUGCUGAUGUAGUGCAGGAGGCGAUAAGGAAGAUGGAAAUGGUGGGCGAUGAGAAGAUGAGGAUGUUCAAGAAAGCUCGAUUGGCUCUUGAUGCUUGCGAUCGGGAGCUUGAGGACAAGGCCAAGGAAGUGGCAGAAAUGAAGCUGGAGAGACAAAAAAAGAAGCUGCAAGUAGAAGAGCUGGAGAGGAUUGUAAGGCUUAAACAGGCAGAGGCUGAUAUGUUCCAGCUUAAGGCAAAUGAGGCAAAGCGAGAGGCUGAGAGGCUUCAAAGAAUUGCUCUUGCAAAGUCGGAUAAAUCAGAGGAAGAGUAUGCCAGCAGUUACUUAAAACUUCGCUUGAGUGAGGCAGAGGCGGAGACACAAUAUUUGUUUGAAAAGAUAAAGCUGCUGGAGUCUUCACGAGCAUCACAGAGCAGUGGAGGCGACCCUUCACUUGUGUAUUCCAAAAUCCGGGAUCUACUCCAUGGGUGCAAUAUCAUCCCCUCUAAAACAGACUCUCAGCCAAACGAGCGUGGCGGCUUUAGAACGAAUGCCAAUUAGAAUAUAUUACAAUCCCUAAGUUAGUUUAAGGUUUGCGCUUGCAACUAUAUUUUACGUGUUCUAUAUACCUGAUGUGAGAUUGACAAUGCAUUUUCAACUAUGUUUUUUGCAAGGCUUAUAUCAUAAGUAUUCGAAGUA